UGUAAAUAAGAUAAUAAAUAAACAAAUAUGUUAUAACACAUAAUACAUAUGGAAAGUUUACAUAUGACAUUAUUAAAAAUACAUGAACAUGAAAUCAUUAAUGUGAAAUGAGCUGAAAAAAGUAGUGCUGCUCCAGUUAUGUUAAAGCAAUGUCAUUCUGUUCAUGUUGGUCCUAAAAUUGAAUUUCAUUGUCAUCAUGCAGAAUCUUCUAAUUCUUUGAAUCCAGAUUUAAAAACAAUUGAUUCAUUCCUGAUGUAUAGAGAGAGAUUAAAGAACCGUUACGCAACACACAAUGCAUAUAUGAGAUCUCUUUUCUGGGAAGGAAAGAGGAAGGACUUUUCAUUGAGGGAUUAUUUCGUACAGUUAAUUAUGAAUGAAACAAAUUUACUGGGAAGUAAAGUUAAAAGAAGUAUUCGGUUAGAAGACUUAUUCCGUGUAGACAAAACAGGACACGAAACAGUUCUACUGACAGGAGAUCCCGGAUAUGGUAAGACAACCCUCUGUCAGAAAUUAGCAUACGAUUGGGCUACGAUUGUCGAAUAUGAAAAUUAUUUGAAACAAUUCUACUUUGUAGUCGUAGUAAUGUUGCGCCAUCUUAACAAAAAAAGCUUAAUGGACGAAGUGCUUCAUGCAAUCUUUCAAAAUAGAAAAGAAGAGUUUAAAACAAAAUUACCACAAGCUAAUUUGAAUAUUUUAGUGAUUUUGGACGGUUUUGAUGAGAUUUCCAACAGAACUUCGGUUUUGAAUUUUAUUCGAGAAGACUCUUUCGAGAUUUCACUUACGAUGACGAUUUUGGUUACCAGCCGUCCACACGUUACGGAAGAAAUAAGAGAAGAUGCCAUGUAUCGAUUCAGUCUUGGAGGACUUUCAGACGAACAGAAAGAAACAUAUAUCAGGAUAGUCUUUCAAGAUGAUUCUGACAAAAGUGAGGACAUGGUUCAAGUGUUAAAUUACAAUAAGUUUUAUUCUAAAUUAGCACAAGGCCCACUAAUGUUGCACAUGUUAUGUUGUCUCCAUAUGAAUAAUGCAUUAAAUGUAAUACAGAGUGAGACAGAUUUGUUUGUUCAGAUUUUUUCUCUGUUUAUUAAAAGAUAUAUUAAAAAGAAUGGUGAAAAUCAAAAGUUGAAGAAAGGAAAAUAUUUCACGGGGGAGGAUCUCUUAAUUCGUUUAGGAGAAUUAGCACUGAAUACUAUUCAGCAUCCGAUCACAUCUAAGUAUUUAGAAGAGGAAUUUCCUGAAAAAGAAGACCAAGAAUUCAUUCUCGGUCUGGAAAUCUUAUUUUUCGAUCAUUUCGACGAAAGGGAAGACGAGAUCUCUUACGAUUUUGUACAUCGUACCUUUAAAGAAUUUCUUUCUGCAUUAUAUCUUUACGAUGUUUUGAAAAGUAAAAUGUGUAUUUGUUCCAUCAGUUUUCAAACUACAAUAUUUCUAUUUGGUCUCUCCGAUAAUGAUAUAUUUCAUUCUAAUUUAUUAGAAUAUGUAAGUAGGAAUUUAUAUACUUCCUAUGACAUGAUACGCAUUUCUAAAGAAAUAAAGAAUGAAAACAAUAGAAAGGUUAUAUGCUCAAAGUUGAAAGUAACAUUUUAUCUAGAUGAGACCGACGAUAUUAUAAACUUACUAAAAGUUUUACCAUUUCCUAGAGUUUAUUUAAUCCUUUAUCCUGAUUAUACCGAUGAAAGUUGCAUAGAGGAUUUGGUAAAAUUUCACGAUAAUUUUGAUCUGUACAAAUUGGAAAUUAUCAUUAUUAUGGAGCAGUCAAAUAAUUUGGCAAAUUACCCUGUCAAGUUUGGAGAGCAUUUCCAUUUUAAUAACGCAACUAUUCAUUUCAUUGACAUUUGUGCAUUCGCCAACUGUUUGAUACAUUUAUUCACCAGAAGAGAGUGGAAAAACUUUAAAAUUUAUUUUAGUGGACGAAAAUUUGGUGAUAUUGAUUUUUUUAUAAACAUCGAAAAAGAUGUAGUUACCAGAGAGUUACAAAAUAAUAUAAAGGAAACAAGUGUAGCUCUUCAAGUUAACUAUUACAAUAACAUUUACAACUAUGUGAUUUCUGAAGAACAGUUUAAAAUUUUACAACCUUACAUCAAAACAUUUUCCAAUUUGGAAUAAUAAAGUACUCAACUAUAACUCUUCGUAUACUAGAAGGCCAGAUUUGUCACUUAGUUUGUAUAUACCGGCGAAUGACCAGAAUAUCUAGUCAGAGUUGUUAAUAAAUAGAAGUAAAUUAAUUGAUAAGAAUAUUUGUUAAAGUACAUUUAUGAAUGGAAAAGAAGUGAACAGAAAGUGUAGCAGUUGUACGUUGAAAUCUGUCAAGAUUGUGUGCCCAUUUUUAUCACGAAUAAUGUUUAAGUGGUUAUAUAGUUCCAUCAAAAUGGUCGUGGGUGCUAGAGGACUGAAUUGACUUUUUUAUUCCCAGGAACAUUUGGUAUAAUUGUUGUUUCAUAAACUAAAAUCAAGUUAAGGCAUCCAUUAGUAUUGUUGAAUCGAACAGCAACUCAGUGCGUACAACUUGAGCUAUUUUAAGUUUUACAAGUUAGAUAAGUUUAUUAAAUAUUAAUAUAAGAUUGUAUAUAUUUUUAUGCAGUUUGAAAGAAAUUUUAAAUGAAUAUUUGAUGUCUUCUUUCACCCAGUGAAAAUAUAUUUGUGGUACCGUGGGAGAAUAUUAUUUUUGUCUAGUCACAAAUGUCAUAACUCGGUAAUCAAACCUUGUGAGAGAGCAGACAUGUCUCUUGUCUGUCACAUCAAACAAAUCCAAUUUAUUGAUUAAUAUUUUAAAUAAAAUCGCAACUUUUAUGCUAGACUUUUACACGGAAGAGUUUACCUGAAAAAAAAAAACACACUAUUUUUACAACUUAUGACCUAAUUUUGUAUCCGUAUCCUCCACGAGUUCUGU